CAAAUUCCCAAAUUCCUUUCCUUCCCCAUUUGUCCGUCCAUCGCAUCUCCAUCUGUUCUUCCUCGCCAGACGCCAAGGGAAGGAGACGACGAGUUCCAAAUGGGUUUCUUUUCAUUCCUUGGAAGACUGCUCUUUGCUUCUGUCUUCAUCCUCUCCGCAUGGCAAAUGUUCAACGAGUUUGGAUCAGACGGUGGACCUGCAGCAAAACAAUGGGCUCCAAAAUUGGCUGUUUUCAAGAAGUACAUCGAUGGAAAAAUUGGAAAAAAUAAUUUUCAUAUUGAUGCAAAGGCGUUCGUUGGUGCCUGUAUUUUCCUGAAGGGAUUGGGCGGCAUACUAUUUGUGUUCGGCAGUAACUUCGGCGCUCAUCUUCUGAUUUAUUACCUGAUCUUAACCACUCCCUUUUUGCACGACUUCUACAACUACAAGGCCGGCGAGCCAAAAUUCUUGAAACUUUUGAACGGGUUUGUAGAGUGUCUGGCACUCCUCGGCGCAUUGCUCUACUUCCUCGGAAUGAAGAGCUCUAUUUCGAGGAGGCAACCGAGGAAGAAGGCGCCCAAGUCGAAAACAGCUUGAAUGCUCGGAAAAAGCAAAAUUCUGCGGGAAUUUUUAAUUUUUUGAAGUUGGAAUUUGAUUAGAAUUAAUGAGGAUUUUCUUAGAAUGUUCUUUAGUGUUUGUAAUUUUUUUCCCCCAGAUUUCUUAGAAGCUAUGCUGAUGGAGUUGCUGGUAUUCAAUGCUUUUCUUGAAUUAAUUUAUGUUAUAAUAAAUUUUGGUAACUCCAUUAGGUUUAUUGAAGUUUGUGUUGAAUGACUA